GGUCUGGUACAAUGGGGAAGACAACCCUGAGAUAGCAGCUGCGAUUGAGGAAGAGCGAGCCAGCGCCCGGAGCAAGCGGAACUCUCCGAAAAGCAAGAAAGGGAAGAAAAAAUCCCAGGAAAAUAAAAACAAAGGAAAUAAAACUGAAGACAUAAAGCUGAAGACAAGUAAGCCAGAUUCCACUCCUGCAAAUAUGAGAGAUUCUACAGAAGGUCCUAAAGAAGAGGAAGAGAAGCCUUCAGCUUCAGCAGUUGAACAGACGGAUGCUCUUCAGGAGGUGGUUAGUCACGAUGUGCUUCCAGAAGUAACAGUCCCUUCUCCUGCCUGUGAGCCACAAAUAAAACCAGAUGAGAAGCUAGAAGCAACAAAUUGUGAGAUUAAUGAUUUGUUGGAGGAAGAGGAGGAGGAAGAAGAGGAGGAAGAUGAGGAGUUAGAAGAAGAAGGGGAAGAAGAAGGUGACAUGCCAAAUGAAAGUUCUGUGAAGGAGCCAGAAAUACAGUGUGACGAGAAGCCAGAAGAUUUAUUAGAAGAACCAAAACACAUUUCAGAAGAAAAUCUUGAAGACUCUCCAGAAGUAACACCAGUUAUCAAAAUUCCUAAAACUAAAGGAGAACCCAAUGGUGAUGUAUUUGAAACAUUUAUGUUUCCAUGUCAGCAUUGUGAACGAAAGUUUACAACCAAACAAGGGCUGGAACGUCACAUGCAUAUUCACAUAUCUACAGUCAAUCACGCGUUCAAAUGCAAGUACUGUGGGAAAGCAUUUGGCACACAGAUUAACAGGAGGCGGCAUGAACGUCGCCACGAAGCAGGGUUAAAGCGAAAACCCAGCCUAACACUACAGCCAUCAGAAGACCUUGCUGAUGGUAAAGUAUCUGGAGAUAAUGUUACUCCUAAAGAUGAAUCAAAUCCUCCUAGUCUUGGGCAAGACUGUCUGAUCUUGAAUUCAGAGAAAGCUUCCCAAGAAACAGUAAAUUCUUCUGUUGUAGAAGAGAAUGGGGAAGUUAAAGAACUUCAUCCAUGCAAAUACUGUAAAAAGGUUUUUGGAACUCAUACUAAUAUGAGACGGCAUCAGCGUAGAGUUCAUGAGCGCCAUCUGAUUCCCAAAGGUGUACGGCGAAAAGGAGGCCUCCUGGAAGAGCCCCAGCCUGCAGCAGAGCAGGCCCAGCCCACCCAGAAUGUCUACGUACCAAGCACAGAGCCUGAGGAGGAAGGGGAAGCAGAUGACGUGUACAUCAUGGAUAUUUCUAGCAAUAUCUCUGAAAACCUGAAUUACUACAUUGAUGGUAAAAUUCAGACUAACAACAGCACUAGUAAUUGUGAUGUGAUUGAGAUGGAAUCUAACUCGGCUGACUUGUAUAGUAUCAAUUGUCUGCUUACACCAGUGGCAGUGGAAAUUACUCAGAAUAUAAAGACCACACAGGUCUCUAUAACAGAGGAUGUUCCUAAAGAGCCUUCUAGCAGCACAAACAGUGAGUCCAAGAAGCGGAGAACUACCAGUCCACCGCUGUUACCCAGAAUUAAAGCUGAAAUGGAUUCGGACCCUGUAGCACCCUCUUGUUCCUUAAGCCUGCCUCUUAGCAUAUCAACUACAGAAGCAGUAUCUUUUCAUAAAGAGAAAACUGUUUAUUUGUCAUCAAAGCUCAAACAGCUUCUUCAGACCCAGGACAAACUAACUCCUCCUGCAGGAGUUUCAGCAACUGAGAUGCCUAAAUUGGGUCCUCCUCCUGUGUCGGCUCCUGCAUCCAUGUUACCUGUGACCUCAAGUAGGUUUAAGCGACGGACCAGCUCUCCUCCCAGUUCUCCACAACACAGUCCUGCCCUUCGAGACUUUGGGAAGCAAAGUGACAGUAAAGCAGUGUGGACUGAGGCAGUCCUGAGUUCCAAAAAACCCAAAUUAGAAAGUCAUAGCAACUCACCAGCCUGGAGUUUGUCUGGGAGGGAUGAGAGAGAAACUGUGAGCCCUCCGUGCUUUGAUGAGUAUAAAAUAUCUAAGGAGUGGGCAGCCAGUUCUACUUUUAGUAAUGUGUGCAACCAGCAGCCGCUAGAUUUGUCCAGUGGUGUGAAACAGAAGGCUGAGGGUGUGGGCAAGACUCCAGUCCAAUGGGAAUCUGUAUUAGAUCUCAGCGUACAUAAAAAGCCCUGUGGUGACUCUGAAGGCAGAGAAGUCAGAGAGAACCAUUCAGUGCAGCCAGCCUGUAGUGCUGUAAAGAAAAAGAAACCAACUACCUGCAUGCUACAGAAAGUUCUUCUCAAUGAAUACAAUGGCAUUGAUUUACCCGUAGAAAAUACUACAGAUGUGACCAGGAGCCCAAGUCCUUGUAAAUCACUAGAGCCCCAGCCAGACCCUGAUCUUGGUCCUGACUCUAAUUUAUCUGCUCCUGCUGUUGAAUCCCCACCUGAUGUUUCUCCUUCAUCACCUGCACCACAGACAUCUUCCCUGCAGACAUCUUCCCUCUCGUCUGGUCAGCUGCCCCCUCUCUUAAUCCCAACAAAUCCCUCUUCCCCUCCACCCUGUCCUCCGGUCUUAACUGUUGCCACACCACCCCCUCCACUCCUUCCUACGAUUCCCUUACCUCUCCCAGCCCCCUCUUCCGAUGCAUCUCCUCAUCCAUCCCCCUCUCCCCUCUCAAAUGCUGCCGCACAGUCUCCACUUCCAAUUCUUUCCCCUACGGUGUCUCCCUCUCCAUCUCCCAUCCCUUCUGUUGAACCACUCAUGUCUGCUGCAUCCCCUGGGCCUCCGACACUUUCUUCAUCAUCUUCCUCCUCAUCUUCCUCAUCUUCCUUCUCCUCUUCUUCCUCCUCCUCUUCGCCUUCACCACCUCCCCUCUCAGCAGUAUCAUCUGUUGUCUCCUCUGGUGAUAAUCUGGAAGCUUCUCUCCCCAUGAUAUCUUUCAAACAAGAAGAGGUAGAGAAUGAAGAUCGGAAAUGCAGGGAAGAGCCCCAGUCUUCAGUCGAACAGGACGUUGUUCAGGAAACAUUCAACAAAAACUUUGUUUGCAAUGUCUGUGAAUCACCUUUUCUUUCUAUUAAAGACCUAACCAAGCAUUUAUCUAUUCAUGCUGAAGAAUGGCCCUUCAAAUGUGAAUUCUGUGUGCAGCUGUUUAAGGAUAAGACAGAUUUGUCAGAACAUCGCUUUUUGCUCCAUGGAGUUGGGAAUAUCUUUGUGUGUUCAGUUUGUAAAAAAGAAUUUGCUUUUCUGUGCAAUUUGCAGCAGCACCAACGAGAUCUCCACCCAGAUAAGGUGUGCACACACCAUGAGUUUGAGAGUGGGACCCUCAGACCCCAGAACUUCACAGACCCAAGCAAGGCCCAUGCAGAGCAUAUGCAGAGUUUGCCGGAAGAUCCUUCAGAAACUUCUAAAGAGGAAGAGGAGGAGCUAAAUGAUUCCUCCGAAGAGCUUUACACAACCAUAAAAAUAAUGGCUUCUGGAAUCAAAACAAAAGAUCCAGAUGUACGAUUGGGCCUCAACCAGCAUUACCCAAGCUUUAAACCCCCUCCAUUUCAGUACCAUCACCGAAACCCCAUGGGAAUUGGUGUGACGGCCACAAAUUUCACCACACACAAUAUCCCACAGACUUUUACUACUGCCAUUCGUUGCACAAAAUGUGGAAAAGGUGUCGACAACAUGCCUGAGCUUCACAAACACAUCCUGGCGUGUGCAUCUGCUAGUGACAAGAAGCGGUACACCCCUAAGAAGAACCCAGUCCCUUUGAAGCAGGUGGUGCAAUCCAAAAAUGGUGUGGUGGUUUUGGAUAACUCUGGGAAAAAUGCCUUCAGACGCAUGGGCCAGCCCAAAAGACUGAACUUUAGUGUUGAGCUUAGCAAAAUGUCAUCUAAUAAGCUCAAGUUGAAUGCACUGAAGAAAAAAAAUCAGCUUGUGCAGAAAGCAAUCCUUCAGAAAAACAAGGCUGCCAAGCAGAAGGCUGACUUAAAAAAUGCUUCUGAGUCAUCUUCUCACAUCUGCCCUUACUGUAAUAGAGAGUUCACGUACAUCGGAAGCCUGAACAAGCAUGCUGCCUUCAGCUGUCCCAAAAAACCUCUCUCUCCUUCCAAAAAAAAAGUUUCUCAUUCAUCCAAGAAAGGCGGACACUCGUCGCCUGCAAGCAGUGACAAGAGCAGUAGCAGCAACCACCGCCGACGGACGGCAGAUGCGGAGAUCAAGAUGCAGAGCACACCGACUCCCUUGGGCAAGACCCGAGCUCGCAGCUCUGGCCCUGCACCGGUCCCCUUGCCCUCCUCGUCCUUCAGGUCCAAGCAGAAUGUCAAGUUUGUGUCUUCAGUGAAGUCCAAGAAACCGAACUCCUCCUCAUUAAGGAACUCCAGCCCAAUAAGAAUGGCCAAAAUAACACAUGUCGAUGGGAAAAAACCCAAAGCUGUGGCCAAGAAUCACUCUGCCCAGCUUGCAAGCAAAGCGUCCCGGAGCCUGCACGUGCGAGUCCAGAAAAGUAAGGCUGUUCUACAAAGCAAAACCACCUUGGCAAGUAAGAAAAGAACAGACCGGUUCAGUAUAAAAUCUAGAGAAAGGAGUGGGGGGCCAAUCACCCGAAGUUUACAACUGGCUGCCGCCGCCGACCCCAGUGAAAACAGGAGAGAGGACAACGGUGCCAAGCAGGAGGUGAAGGACUUCAGGAACUUCCUGUAGAAAAGCCCCCAAAACAAAACAAACCUUAAUUGACUAAAUAACGAUAUUGCAUGCUCAACUUAGGAUAAGCACUACGGCAAUGGAUAUGAAAUCUGCCAAGCUUGCAAGACCAGUUGAAGCUGACUCACAAAUCCUAACACACAACUGAUUGCCGCAGGCUUCUUGUUGUCCUGGGUAGAGUCAGGCAUCUGCUUCUUCGGUGGCACCCAACACCCAUGCUGGGCGCCCAGGUGAUUGAGAUCCAAAGAGGAGGGUGCACUCAUACGGGCUCGAUGACGGGCUCGUCACUGGACUGGGAACUCGGCUCUGAGUGUGGCCUUGUGUUUGGCACAGAGCAAAGAAUGAUUCGAACUCAACCUUGCAAAGCAAGCUCCCUGUUUUAUCACUAGUUUGUUGUGGCUUUCAGGGACGACAAAAUCUGAUGCACUCAUUUUAAAUAACGUUUUGGUCACACACCACCAGCUCUUGAUGCCUUUCUUUGCGGUGAACUGUAGACAGAGAGGCAUUUCGCUUAUCUCUUGCCUGUUUUUUUUUUUUAUCAAGUGGAUUGCCAGCAUAAUGGAGAGGAAACCAGAUUGGAUAUGGACUUUUUUUUAUGUCUCUCCUAGUGUCAUGUUUAUAUAUCCAAAUGGAGAUUAUCCUCAGCUUAUUAUCUGGCACUAAUUUAUAACUAUUAUCAGAUACUAUGUAGCAAUAUAUCACUGCACAGGGGACUCCCAGGCCUGUGUGGGUGUAUGUCUGUGCAUACAUGCAAAUGAAUUUCUGUACCAGGUUUUACAGUUCAGUCUCUAAUAGAGAUUAAAAACAACAAAUUGACCCCUUCCUCAGAAUAGAAAUACCAUUUCUACGUGCAUUUAUAUGCCCCCCAAAAUUAAUGACUGAGUUGGUGGAAAAUGGCUAGGUUUUUACUCAUGUCGUUAUUUUUUUUUGUUUGUUUGUUUGUUUGUUCUCAACUUUAAAAAGUAAUCUACCUCUUAAAAUUUGUAGUUUAAUAUUUGUUUGGUGAAUUUGUGCCACUUUAACCCUUUCACUAUCAUUCCCAUUUUGUUACAUUUUUGUUAUGGGGACUUUAUGUUGAAAUAUUGUAUAAAGCAUUUGUAGCAGUUUAAAAAUAAAAUAUUUAAAAUUAUUUAAAUUGUUUUGGACACUUCAAUUGUAUUAUAUGUGAUUUACAUUUUACAUGAAAUUCUUUUUGUUUUGUUUGAGUUGUUAAUCUGGAGAGUUGUUCCUGUAUUGAAGUUUGCUGUUAGUUAUUUUAUUGUUUCUUGUUGGAGAGUGAUAUAAAAGACUAUUCUAAUGAAAACAUUAAAAUUGACAAUUUGACAUACAAAAGGGGUUGUCCGUUGAUUUAACCACUGUAGCCUUCAGAGAGAGUGCUAGAGCUAGGCGAGUGAAGAGCGCUGCUUGCUGUUUUUGCCCCUUCUAGCAUGAAAUAAUAAAGCAUUUGAGCUUGUCAGAUGUAUACAAAAGAUUUUUUUUAUGCUGUUGCUAGCAAGCACUUAAUAAGUAGGGGAAUUCCAGUGAUACAUUUUAUAUAAUUGUAACCAAUAAAAAUACUUUAUAAACA